AUGAGCGUCGACAUCGCGGAGCUUCUCCGCCUGGAGGCCGAGCUGGAGAACUCAUGUGAAGAUUGCCAAAACCCAUACGAUCGAGACGCCAAGCUGAAUUUGCUCAAGUUUCUUCAAAUCAGGGCGGUACUGCAGUUCGAAGAAGCGUACGACCAGUUGUACUACGAGCUCAACAAGCAUGGAGGGCUUGAGUGUCUUCGCGAAAUCGCUCCGGCGCGGCCGAAGGACCUUCUGCAGCCCAAGGUCUUGGAGUUACAGGACUGCAAUGAGGGCGUUCGAUUUGCAGCACAGUUGGAAUUCUAUCUUGCGGACGCGGAGCUUGCAAAGAACCGUUUAGACGAGCUCGUGGCAGAUAUAGCGGAACACACGGGGGAGUGCGAGGUUCACUGCGCGGAGGUCAAGUCACGAGCAAUCACGCAACGAAAAGCCAGAAAGUCAUAUGGUGGGGACGUUCGAAAGGUUGCUGACAUGGCGAGGAUAAGCGUGAUCUGUGACAACCCGCAGGCCUUGAAACGGGCGUACUUGGCUAUCGUGGAGUCGUUCCAGGGAGACGUGCUUCGGGUGGCAAACGGCUUCAACUCCGACUGGAUGCCUAGCGGUUAUCGGGACGUGAAAGUAAAUCCCGUCGUCGACGACCACCUUUGCGAGAUUCAGCUGCACCUCCGCGAGUUCUUCACACUUAAAAGCAGCCAACACGCCGUGUACGAGUGGGCGCGGGACCUCAAAGUGACCACGAUAGUGCGCGCUGAAAACCUGUUCGGGGUUCUGUCACGUGAGAUUACGGAGGAGAUGAUCGGCUUGGCUCAACGGAACUGGCAUGGGACCGGGCGCUUCCUUCCACGUCUGCAGCUCGCUGCUGGACAGUACGACCAGGCCGAGAAGGGUUUUAGACAGAAACUUUCGGAGGCCGACAACAACGAACGGGGUGAGGAGGACAAUGGCAGCACGGAAUCGAGAGAGGCACCGCCCGAUGUGAUUGGGGCCAUGGCAAGCCUCGGCUCUGUCCUGCAGGAACAGGGCAAGUACGCUGAGGCUGAGGCUCUCUAUGUGCGGUGUCAAGCGAUAGAAGAGAAGGUUCUAGGUCCCGAGCACCCAAGCCUGGCCUCGACACUGCACAACCUGGCAGGCUUGUUGAGGAGCCAGGGCAAAUACGAGGAGGCACGAGUGUUGCACCAACGUUCCCUUGCCAUCUUCGAGAAAGCUCUCGGACCUGACCACCUUGACGUGGCCACGUCGCUAAACUCCCUGGCGGGCUUGUUGAAGAGCCAGGGGAAGUACGCUGAAGCUGAGCCCCUCUAUGCGCGGUGUCAGGCGAUACAAGAGAGGGUUCUAGGCCCUGAGCACCCAGGCCUAACCGCAGUGCUCCACAACCGGGCAGAUUUCUUGGAGAUGCAGGGCAAGUAUGAGGAGGCCGAGCGGCUGUGCCAACGUUCCAUUGCCAUCAGCGAGAAAGCUCUCGGACCAGACCACCCUGACGUGGCCUCAUCGCAACACACCCUGGCGGGCUUGUUGCAGAGCCAGGGCAAAUACGCUGAAGCUGGACCGCUCUAUGCGCGAUGUCAGGCGAUACAAGAGGCAGUUCUAGGCCCCGAGCACCCACGCUUGGCCACAACGCUCGGUAACUGGGCAGCAUUGCUGUACGAGCAGGGCAAGCCUGAGGAGGCCGAGGCGUUGUUUAAGCGUUCCCUUGCCAUCGAGGAGAAGGCUCUUGGACCUGAUCACCCCGACGUGGCCACACCGCUCAACAACCUGGCGUGCUUGCUAGAGGACCAGGGCAAAUAUGUGGAGGCCGGACGGUUGUUUGAACGUUCCCUUGCCAUCCGCGAGAAGGUUCUUGGACCUGAUCACCCUAACGUAGCCGCAACGCUCAUCAACCUGGCGGAAUCGUUUCAGAGAGAGGGCAAGAAUGAGGAAGCCGCAAGGCUGUUGGAACGCUCUCUUGGCAUCACAAAGAAAGCUCUAGGACCUGACCACCCUGACGUGGCCGUAGUGCUCAACAACUGGGGAGGGUUGUUGGAGAGCGAGGGCAAGCUUGAAGAGGCCGGGGCGUUGUUUGAGCGUUGUCUUCUCAUCCGCGAGAAGGCUCUUGGACCUGAUCACCCUGACGUGGCCACAUCGCUCAACAACCUGGCGUGCUUGCUAGAGGACCAGGACAAACAUGAGGAGGCCGGACCGUUGCACGAACGUUCCCUUGCCAUUCGCGAGAAGGUUCUUGGACCUGAUCACCCCGACGUAGCCGAAUCGCUCAACAACCUGGCAUGCUUGUUCGAGGACCAGGGCAAGUACGCCGAGGCUGAGCCUCUCUAUGCACGGUGUCAGGCGAUAGAAGAGAAGGUUCUAGGCCCUGAGCACCCAAGCCUGGCCACGACACUCCAUAACCUGGCGGGCUUGUUGCAGAGACUGGACAAAUAUGAAGAGGCCGUGUCGUUGUACGAACGUUCCCUUGCCAUCGUGGAGAAAGCUCUUGGUCCUGAUCACCUUAACGUAGCCACAUCGCUCAACAACCUGGCGGGCUUGUUGAAUAGCCAGGGCAAGUACGGUGAGGCUGAGUCGCUCUAUGCUCGGUGUCAGGCAAUAGAAGAAAAGGUUCUAGGCCCUGAACACCGACGCCUGGCCACAACGCUAUACAACUGGGCGGCGCUGUUACACAAGCAGGGAAAAUACGCUGAAGCUGGGCCAGUCUAUGCACGGUGUCAGGCGAUAGAAGAGAAAGCUCUGGGCCCUGAGCACCCAAGCCUGGCCACAACGCUCGGCAGCCGGGCGAAGUUGUUGACGACGCAGGGCAAAUAUGAGAAGGUCGGACCGUUAUACGAACGUUCCCUUACCAUCCGCAAGGAAGUCUUGGGCCUGAUCACCCUGACGUGGCCUCACCUGGGCAACUAUGCUGAGGCUGAGGCCCUCUAUUCGCGGUGUCAGGCGAUAGAAGAGAAGGUCCUAGGUCCUGAGCACCCAAGCCUGGCCACCACGCUCGAAAAAUUGGGAGUAGCGUUGUACAAGCAGGGCAAGAGUAAGGAAGCCGCGCCGCUUUUGGAACGCUCUCUUGCCAUCCGCGAAAACUCUCUUGGACCUGAACACCCUGACGUAGCCACAUCGCUCAAAAACCUGGCGGUCUUGUUGGACAGCCAGGGCAAUGACGCAGAGGCUGAGCCGCUCUAUGCGCGGUGUCAGGCGAUACAAGAGAAGGUUCUAGGCCCUGAGCACUCAAGCCUGGCCACAACGCUCAACAACCGGGCGAAUUUGUUACACAAGCAGGGAAAAAUAGGGGAGGCCGGGCCAUUGUACGAACGUUCCCUUGCCAUUGUGGAGAAAUCUUUAGGUCCUGACCACCCUCACCUAGCCACAGCGCUCAAGAACCUGGGGGGCUUGUUGGAGAGUCAGGGGCAGUACGCUGAGGCUGAGCCGUUCUUUGCGCGGUGUCAGCUGAUAGAAGAGAAUAUUCUAGGCCCUGAGCACCUAAGCCUGGCGUUGACACUCCACAACCGGGCGGCGCUUUUACACAAUCAGGGCAGGAGUAAGGAAGCCGCGCCGCUGUUGGAACGCUCUCUUGCCAUCCGCGAAAAAGGUCUCGGACCUGACCACCCUGACGUGGCCUUAGUGCUCAACAACCUGGCGGGCUUGUUAAAGAGCGAGGGCAAGUAUGAGGAAGCCGCGCCGCUGUUGGAACGCUCUCUUGCCAUUACCGAGAAAGCUUUAGGACCUGAUCACCCUGAUGUGGCAACAAUACGUAACAAUUUGGUCAAAUUGUCGCAGAAGCAGGGAGGAGCCGUGGGUACCAUUCAGUAAGAAUCUUCGGGUUCCCCAUCGAGUCAAACGGUCUGUUCCUGGUGAUCACGGGUUGUACGGCAGGAGCUUCAAGCUGACACAGUUGUGCCUAGAUGACCGUUAGUCACCGACUCGUCACGGCUGUGAAAAGAACAGACCAUCUGUCGACUCUGUGUCCGCAGAUUUCUGCGAAGGACCAGAGGAGAGAAAGGGAUCCGAGUGGCGUCCGAUAUUUAUACGCGAAGCACGUUGUCUGUGGAGUGCAAUACUCGAUCACGAGGCAAUCUUU